UCGUGUUAUCAUCCAAAGUCAGUGAUCACAAGAAAAGAAAAGGUUCGGCGAGUGAAACCCCAAGCCAUGUCUCCAGGUCCCGUUGUCGACGCUUCUCCCGAGCUCGAUGCCCAGCCUCAAGCUCCCUCCGUCGACGACUCAACCCACACCAACAAACCUCAACCCCAGGAGGACGAUGCUCCCGUUGUCGAGGACGUCAAGGAUGAUGACAAUGAAGACGAUGACGACGACGAUGACGACGACGACGAUGAUGACAAGGAAGACGGUGCUCAAGGUGGUGCUGAGGGAUCAAAGCAGAGCAGAAGUGAGAAAAAGAGCCGAAAAGCAAUGUUGAAGCUGGGAUUGAAACCAGUUACCGGCGUUAGUAGGGUCACAAUCAAGAGAACAAAAAAUAUUCUUUUCUUCAUCUCAAAACCUGAUGUGUUCAAGAGUCCAAAUUCUGAGACCUACGUCAUAUUUGGGGAGGCAAAAAUAGAGGACUUGAGUUCUCAGUUGCAGACACAGGCUGCUCAACAGUUCAGGAUGCCAGAUAUGGGAUCUGGAACAGCGAAACAAGAUCAAGAAGCAGCAGCUGCAGCAGCACAGCCCGAAGAAGAGGAGGAGGUUGAUGAAACUGGCGUUGAGCCCCAUGACAUUGAUUUGGUGAUGACACAGGCAGGAGUGUCAAGAAGCAAGGCUGUCAAGGCUCUCAAGACUCACAACGGGGACAUUGUUGGAGCCAUCAUGGAGCUCACUACUUAAUUGGCCUUUAUGUUUUAUUCUCUUUGUAUGUCUUUUUUCGGGAUGAUAUUAGAACUAGUGCCGUUUUAUUUUAAACCGAAUCAACAUAUCAACCGUUAUAUGUCUGGGGUUUACCGUUUAACUUUAUAGUUUUGUUGCGAUCUUAAAAUAUUCUGAAUGGUCACAUUAUUGUUUGAUUUUGUA